AUGAGAUUCCAGCAAGAUGGGACAACCGGGGCAUUUAUUCGCCGUAUACCACCCAUGGUAUUCAUAUUCGGCUUGGUCAUCUUGCUGGAGCUGGAGGAAAGCGUGCAGAGAGUGCCCACGAUUCGUCUCCUCGAAAAUGCCAUCUGUCAGAGACUUCAUCGAUCGACAGAUCCAACUAGCCCUAUAGAUGAGAAGAUGUGUAAGGGGAACCCAGUUCAAGUCCAGUUGGCGUACUAUCGAGGCCUGUUGAGCUUUUUCGAUAGCCUUCCCUUGAUACUCUUCGGUUCUGUCAUCGGAAACUUUGCCGACUGUUACGGGCGCCGCAUAACCUUCGCCCUGGCGGUGUUCGGUACACUCUGUAGCAUGGGCUGGAUUUACAUGACAUGUUCAUUAUGGGAUAUAUUGCCUGUCGAGGUUGUUUGGCUAUCCUCCUUAUUUAGGCUUAUUGGCGGUGGUCCAGCCAUCGCGAUCGCAAUCUGUCUUACUAUGGUCUCGGACCUAUCGGAAGAAUCAAAUAGGAGCAACGGCUUUUACCGCGUGUACUCAGCUGUACUGAUAACAGAUUUCAUUGGACCUCUCAUCACAUACCGAAGCCUUCAAUAUUCGCUUUGGCUACCCUAUGUUGUGUGUGGUGUUUCUUUGUUACUCACCUUCCCUAUCCUCUAUCAUAUGCCUGAAACCCUACCGGAGAAAGCUUCACAGGAGAGAGGCAUGUCUGCCUUGAACUUCAGUGGUAUCAAAGUUUAUCUCAAAUUCCUUUCAGACUACCGGAUAGUUAUUGGAAUUACUACCAUUUUCCUUGCCCAAUUCCGGGCAAACUUGAUUGAGAUACUUCUACCAUAUGUGUCUGUUCGCUUCGAUAUAGAGCUUGGGAAGGUUGCAACACUGCUGUCUGUUGUGUCGGCUGUGAAUAUUCUGGCGUUCUUAAUUGUGUUGCCUGCUAUCUCCGCCGCACUAGAGAAACGAGCAGGCUGGUCUAUCACCGACAUUAACAUUUGCGUUGCCCGGGCUAGCAGCUUCCUACUCGGUCUUGGGGCAGCAACAUUGGCAGUUGCGCCUACGUUGAGCUUAGUUAUUAUUGCACUUAUCGUCUAUGCGCUGGGAUUCGGCGUUCGGCUUUCAAUCCUCGCUGUUCUGACUUCAUACAUCCCCAUAGCGAGUGAUACAGCAAAGCUAUACACGCUGGUAGCGACCACCGAUGCCAUCGCUCAUCUGAUUGCGAGCCCCAUGUUACAAUUUACUUGGAGCAGGGCUUUGAAAAUUGGUGGACGCUGGCUUGCUCUACCUUUCAUGCUUUUGACGUUUAUUUUCUUCACUGCAUUUGUAGUGUCUUGCUUCAUGAAGGGAGAGCCGAAACAGAGCGUGGAUGAGUAUCCAGAUGAAGAGCGGGAGCCGCUACUCGUAGCUGGCGAGGAAGCAGAUCACGAGAACAGAUAA